AUGCAUAAUAGAUCUCACACUGGUGAGAAGCCACACUCCUGUCCUGAGUGCGGGAAAUGUUUUUCACAGAAGUCCCAUCUUUACAGACAUCAGAGAUCUCACACCGGAGAGAAGCCAUAUUCCUGUCUUGAAUGUGGAAAAUGUUUUUCACGAAAGUUUAUUCUUCACAGACAUCAGAGAUCACACACAGGUGAAAAGCCAUAUUCCUGUCCUGAGUGCGGGAAAUGUUUUGUACAAAAAUCAGAACUUGUUGCACAUCAGAGAUUGCACACGGGGGAGAAGCCAUUUUCCUGUCUUGAGUGCGGAAAAUGUUUUUCAGGGAAGUCCAAUCUUUAUAAACACCAGAGAUUACACACAGGAGAGAAGCCGUAUUCCUGUUCUGUUUGCGGGAAAUGUUUUGUAACAAAAUCAGAACUUGUCAUACAUCAUAGGUCUCACACUGGGGAAAGGCCGUAUGGUUGUCCUGAGUGCGGGAAAUGUUUUUCAGAUAAGUACAGUCUUUCCAAACAUCAGAGACUGCACACAGGUGAUAAGCCAUAUUCCUGUUCUGAGUGCGGGAAAUGUUUUUCACAGAAGUCCAACCUUUAUAAACAUCAGAGAUCUCACACGGGAGAGAAGCCGUAUUCCUGUCCUGAGUGCGGGAAAUGUUUUGCACAGAAGUCACAUCUUUCCAGACAUCAGAUAUCUCACACGGGGGAGCAGCCGUAUUCCUGUCCAGAGUGUGGGAAAUGUUUUACACAGAAGUCCAGUCUUUACAUACAUCAGAGAUCACACAGGGGGGAGAAGCCUUAUUGCUGUCCUGAGUGCGGGAAAUGUUUUUCACUGAUGUCCCAACUUUCCGGACAUCAGAGAUCUCACACGGGUGAGAAGCCACACUCCUGUCCUGAGUGCGGGAAAUGUUUUUCACAGAAGUCCCAUCUUUACAGACAUCAGAGAUCACACACGGGGGAGAAGCCAUAUUCCUGCCUUGAGUGUGGAAAAUGUUUUUCGCGAAAGUUUAUUCUUUACAGACAUCAGAGAUCACACACAGGUGAAAAGCCAUAUUCCUGUUCUGAGUGCGGGAAAUGUUUUGUGCAAAAAUCAGAACUUGUUGCACAUCAGAGGUCUCACACGGGGGAGAAGCCUUUUUCCUGUCCUGAGUGCGGAAAAUGUUUUUCCGGGAAGUCCAAUCUUUAUACACACCAGAGAUUACACACAGGAGAGAAGCCUCAUUCCUGUCCGGAGUGCGGGAAAUGUUUUUCACAGAAGUCCAACCUUUACAAACAUCAGAGAUCUCACACGGGAGAGAAGCCAUAUUCCUGUCCUGAGUGCGGGAAAUGUUUUGCACAGAAGUCACAUCUUUCCAGACAUCAGAGAUCUCACAUGGGGGAGCAGCCGUAUUCCUGUCCUGAGUGUGGGAAAUGUUUUACACAGAAGUCCAGUGUAACUCUUCAUAAGAGAUCUCACACGGGGAAGAAGCCACAUUCCUGCCCUGAGUGCGGGAAAUGUUUUUCAGAGAAGUCCAGUCUUAACAGACAUAAGGGAAUGCACACAGGAAAGAAGCCAUAUUCCUGUUCUGAGUGCGGGAAAUGUUUUACAGCUAUGUCCAGUCUUUACAGACAUAAGAGAAUGCACACGGGAGAGAAGCCAUAUUCAUGUUCUGAGUGCGGGAAAUGUUUUUUCAGUGAAAAUCAACUUAAUGAGCAUAAAAGAUCUCAUACAGGGGAGAAGCCGUAUUCCUGUCCUGAGUGCGGGAAAUGUUUUUCAUUUAAGUCCAAUCUUAACACACACCGGAGACUGCACACGGGGGAGCAGUUGUAUUCCUGUCCUGAGUGCGGGAAAUGUUUCUCACAGAAGUCCAAUCUUUCCAUACAUCAGAGAUCUCACACGGGAGAGAAGCCGUAUCCCUGUGCUGAGUGUGGGAAAUAUUUUUUACUAAAAUCACAACUUGUUACACAUCAGAGAUUGCACACGGGGCAGAAGCCGUAUUCCUGCCCUGAGUGCGGGAAAUGUUUUUCCGAUAUGUCCAGUCUUAACAGACAUAAGAGAGUGCACACAGAAGAAAAGCCGUAUUCCUGUUCUGAGUGCGGGAAAUGUUUUUCAAAGAAGCCCCAUCUUUACAAACAUCAGAGAUUGCACACGGGGAAGAAGCCGUAUUCCUGUCCUAAAUGCGAUAAAUCUUUUCAAACUAAGUCCGAUCUUAACACACAUCUGAGAUGGCACACAGAGGCAGAUCCGCUUUCCUGUUCUGAUUGGCGGAAGUGUAACCCCCAGAAGUCUUCUGCUUACAGUCAUCUGCGAUUGGACACGGAGGAGAACGAACUUUCCUGGUCUGACUGA